UCCGCUCCCCAGUUUUCGAUACGUCGCGUGGAAGAUCUAACAACAUCCCAUUAGAGGUCGCGUCAGAGUUCAAUAUGAAUUCAAUAUGAAUUGGCCAAUCAAAUCGUCACUGCUUACAUCUUUGGAUGUAAAAGUAAAUAACGGUAAGCCUCGAGAAGUUCCGAAUGUUUAAACUUCCGAAUUAAAAAAAACAAACAUGGCAGCGCCAGUUGGAACACAUGUGAGUACUCGGACUACCCCACGAAAAGUCUAUCCUCUGGGGAACAUUUGCCUUAUCUGUGGGUUUUCAUUUGUAAGCAAAUCUGUUGACACUGAUGGCAACAUUAAAAUCAACAAAUACCUGGACAAAAAACUUCGACUUUCCACGGACCGAAUGAAAGUUUUGAAAGAUGUGUGCGGAAUUUCGGAUGGUGUGGUGUACCCAACUGACACAGGUGUGUGUCAAAAGUGUUUCAGAAGUACCGAAAGAGUAUUAAAACUGGAAAAGGAAGCAGCAACAAUGAGGGAAUCUUUUAAAGCAUCUGUUCAACUCACGCUGCAAAGGUUUAAUGUUUGUGUGCCUUCCCCCUCUAAAAGAUUCAUUGAAAAGAGAGAAAUAAGGAGCCCAUUUAAAGAAAAUACUGAUGUGAAGAGGGUUCGACCAGAUGAUCCACUGUUAGUACCUAUCAGAAGGGUAAUGCCCGUGAAGCUGGUACAACUCCAGCCUGUCAGCGCUAAUGUAAUUGUGAAUACCAACAAAGCACGGCGCUCUCUUGGUGGGGACUUUUUGAAACAGGUGUCUGUAUAUUAUACCAGUGGAAAGAAAAGUAUGACAAUUACAAAUGAUGCGCACAAAACCAUAUGUAAAGCAUUCAUCAGAGGAAAAGAUGUAGAUAGAAUCAUAGUUGAUAGUCUUUGCAAAGCAAAUAAGUCAGCAGUGAUCCAUGGUGCAGAGCAAAUUCUGAAGGAGGAAUCUCAUAGGACAUGUAAGAGAGGAAAUUCCCUGUUGCAGAGAAAAGACUAUCACAACUUCUUUGGUUUCCACUGGAAAGCUAUGUAUGAUGACCUGAACCAAACAUGUCCUUCACUUCUUGCGAUACUGUCAUCAGUAGUGUGUGACAUACCACCUGCUCCUCCUAGUAAACCAUUUUCUCACAUCAUGUUGUCUGCAGCAGUGGCACUACAUGGCAGGAAUCAGGAGAUGUCUCUGAUGCAUUAUUUUACUGGGUUCAUCCUUACACAUGGAGGCUGUACACAACGGGAUAUCGAGAGGCUGUCAAAGUUAGGAUUAAGUGUCCAUCCACAAACCAUUCACAAGAAACUUGUCAGCUGGCAAGAUAAUUUAGACAUGGAUUUGAAAUCUAUUAAAGAUUCAUGGGCAGAAGGUGGUCACACGAAGUACCAGAUCAUAGGUGACAACUGGGAUAAGAAUAUACUCCCAUCUUACAGAACUUCAGAUAGAAAAACCCUCUCACUUCACCUCUUCAAUAUGUAUGCCAUUGUGGAUAGGGUAGUGCCAGCAUUUUCAACAGACUCUCAGACAGAGAAUAGACUAGAACAUGACAUUUUGAAAUUUAUACCAUCUACCCAAGAACAGGAGCUACUAUUAAAGGAAAUGACCUUCCUCUGUGCAAGAUCUCUCAUUCAAAACUCGCCACAGAUUGGAAAUCUCUUCAACAAAAUAUAUCCAGAUCAUCUUGAGCACAAGUACAGUUGCUUUGCUGGAUUGAAGACCACUCAGUAUCCACUUGGUCUAUACGACUGUAACGAGACCAAAACUGCAGAUGUUAUCCAGUUGCUGAAGAACAUAACAGACAAGUAUGUGCCAAUGAAAGAUGAUGAAAUUGUGGAACCUGUAUUUUUUGGAGGAGACCGACUCACUGACGAACGAGUGCAGGGAGCUCAAAGAGCAAUGGGCAAUGCAGAUUCUGCGAAAGAGAGACUUGAAGGGUUCAUUUCAAAGACAGAGGAUUUUCAUCGUCUCAUGAAUUUCUUAGAGGCAAUACAUAAGAUGACGUUCAGUACAGGAAGUGCCAGUGAUCCUGGAACUGUUUACUAUUAUAGAAAUCUCUUAAACAUGAGGAACGUCAAAGGAAAAGUAAAGAAUUCGUACAGACCACACAAAAUGCUGUACUAUACUAUUUUGGAUGGUAUAAUCAUGACACUUUUCUAUGAUCAUUUUGGGUUAAAUGAUUUUAAUUGCGAAAUUCCUGUGCCAGAAAAUUUUCAGCAUUUAACAAAGGAGGAGAAAUUGCAUUGGCUGGAUGACAUUUGUGAGGGAAUUAUAAGGAAAUGGUUUUUUGAUGAUGGCACAGAUGUUUGUAAAUCAAUAAGAGAAGUGCUUUCAGACCCGAAUCAUCCGGAAAAUUAUUGGACUGAAAAUAUAAGUGGUGGACGAAUUAAAUGUCAUUUCUGUGAUAAGGAUUAUGCUUUUAUUGGCUCAUUACAGUCUCAUGAAUCAAAAGUCCAUAACGUUGUUGUGAAGAAGGAUAAGAAGAUGAAGAAAAGAAAUGAUUCAGAUGAAGUACAGGACUAUAUUUCUCUCCUUUUCAAAUUAACUUUGUUGCACAAAAAUCUCGAUACCGCUGUAGAUAUGGGAGACGGGGAACGUUCAGUAAGAUCUACCAAGUAUGAACUGCCCAUAUAUAACAGAACAAACAAACUUAAGUAUGUGAUUGGUUCCAUUCACUUAUCAGCUUUGACAUCUGGAGUUCUUGCAGAGGAGCAGUGUGAGCGUUUAGUAGCAAAUCGGUUUGUCAAUGUUCAAGGAGGGCGAAACAAUAAUGUAGCUUUGGACGAAUACCUCGAGUUAUUGAACAGGGAAAGCAAAAUCGCUUGCUCAGGACAUCAGACGAAAAACAGUAUUAUAGAGCAUUCAAAGGAAUAUCCCCAUUUGGUUGGAUUUGUGCAACAUCUAGAGUCAAUCAGUGAUAUGAACCCAAGGAAAGGAUUUCAUCACCUACCAAAUUACCAGGAGGAUGUUAAAAAAGUGGCCAUGGACUUGGUGAAAUACAAGGUACUGUGUAGCAUUCCAAAACGUAAAUUAAAAUGCAGGUGCGUUGUAACAGACAGAAAUCCUUUCGAAAACUGCCACUCUGGACUUUCAGAAAUGAUUCAUCGUCACAAACCAAGCUUACCUUACAGGCGUGUUCGAAGUCAUCAUAUUUAGCUGCAGUAUGAUGAUUGUGCAUUGUAAUACAGGGAUUUAAAUGGGUGCACGUUUGUGUUCCUUUGAUCAUGUAUACUGAUAAGUGCAUCUAAAGUAAAAUGUUUGUGUCACA